CCCAUUUCCUGCUCCAGGGGAAGGCCGAGUGCCAUUUCUUCAACGGGACGCAGCGGGUGCGGUUCCUGGACAGGGAGAUCUACGACCGGCAGGAGAUCAGGUACUUCGACAGCGAUCUCGGGAAAUACGUGGCCGUCACUCCGUUGGGGCAGCCCGCUGUGGACAAGUGGAACAGCGAUAAGGCCAUCAUGCAGUUCCAGAAGGCCUCCGUGGAUUCCUUCUGCCGAUACAACUACGAGGUUGCCCAGAGCAAUUCCGUGGUUGGCCGGAGAGCCAAGCCCACCGUCUCCAUCUCC